AGAGACAGAGAGAAACAUAAAGAUGGCAGCUGAGGAUAUCAGUAAAGUCUGUGAAGCACAUCCUAUGAUUGGUGGAGAUGGCCCCAACAGCUAUGCCAAGAACUCCACUUACCAGAAAGGAUUUUUGGAUGUUGCCAAAGAACUUGUAAGAAAGGCAAUUGCAGAAAAGCUUGACAUAGACAUCUCGUCAUCUUCCACCUCCUUCAAAAUUGCAGACCUGGGUUGCUCUGUUGGACCCAAUACAUUUUUUGCAGUUGAAAACAUAGUUGAAGCUGUGGAACUCAAGUACCAAGGGCAAGGGAUGAAUUCGCAAAUCCCUGAAUUUCAAGUAUUCUUUAAUGAUCAUACCUCAAAUGACUUUAACAUGCUCUUCAAGUCCCUCCCUCAGAACAGGCGAUACUAUGCAGCUGGUGUGCCGGGUUCAUUCUAUGGCCGGUUAUUUCCUAAUGCUUCCAUUCACAUUGCUCACUCUUCUUAUGGCAUUCAUUUUCUUUCAAGAGUACCGAAAGAAGUGAUGGAUAGAAACAGUCCUGCUUGGAAUAGAGGACACAUCUGUUACUCAAACUCCACAGAUGAAGUAGUGAGGGCUUACAAAGCUCAAUAUGCCGAGGACAUGGAAUGCUUCCUGCAUGCUAGGGCGCAAGAAACUGUGCAUGGAGGACUGAUGCUACUUACUUUUCCAGGCAGCCCCGAUGGCUCUCCUCAUUCUCGUUCUCUUGUGAGCUUGGAACUUCUUGGAUCUUGCCUCAUGGACUUGGUUAGAAAGGGAGUUGUUAGCGAAGAGAAGGUGGAUUCAUUUAACAUGCCUGUGUAUUCCAUGUCACCUCAAGAACUUGAAGUUGCUGUCAAACGAAAUGGAUGCUUUAGCAUAGACAUAAUGGCAGAGUUACCUCGUCCCUUGGCACACGACACUCUUUCAAUAUCCCCGAUGAUUGCUUCUCACAUAAGAGCUGCUAUGGAGGGGAUGAUAAAGAAGCAAUUUGGAGAAGAAAUCUUAGAUGAGCUUUUCGACUUGUACCGACAAAAAUGUGAGCAAUCAGUAAUUAACACACUGCUUGGAGACACCUUUCUUGUUGUUCUUAGACGUAAAGCAGAUUGAUCUGAACAUGCUUGUAGCUUGAAUUUCCUUGAUCUUAUCUGAAUAAGUGACAUCUAAGAUUGCAGCAUUAUAAACUUGUUGGUUACCUCUCUCAAAACAUGAAUCUGUGUAAUUGUAGUAGCUUCCGUAAAUAUUCGAUCUUAAUUUGCAAACUCUUA